AUGGAAAGGCAGUAUUACUACAAGAAAAGAGAAGCAGCGAAAAGAGCACCAACAAAGUUUUUAAGCGUCAUUGUGGAUGGAAUGGAUCAAUCGAAGAGUAACCUGCCACAUUUUGUAGGAAGGACAGCAAAGGCUGUAAAUUCUGCCGACCAGUUAAAAACUCACAUCUCUGGAGUAAUUGCCCAUGGUCAAAAUGAAUUUUUCACGUUUCUUGACAUUGGACAAUAUCCCCAUGACUCCAACUUGACAAUCAACAUUAUUCUCCAGACACUCUUCAAAAUAAAAGAUCUUAUGGGAGGAACAUUGCCACCCACCUUUUAUUAA